AUAUGGUAGUUGUGUAAUAUUUUCAUGCAAUGGAUUUUCAUGCACUUACAUUAAAUCUCAUCUAAAAGAAUCAAUGGCUGUUGGAAGACUUAAAAAUAGAGCAUCAUCCCUAUGGGGCCAAUCCACCUGUGGAGUAACUAUAGAAAUAAAUGGAGUUGCACCAGGGAUGGAUUUGGCCUUACACAUUUGAAAUAAAAAGGCAGUGCAGUCUGAAGAGCUCAGUUCACACAGUAGAUGUGAAAACAAGGCAAGAAGAGGUGCAGUAGAUGAAGGGCUGGGACCUGGGACAACUGAGGAAGAUGGUAUUGUGGAUCUGAGCCAUAGCACCUUCUGCCCUCAUGCUAAUGGCAUUGAGGACAUGACAACAUUUCAGAAUGGCUGCGGAAAUGGCACCACUGUUACCUGUAUAGUAAUGGAUAAUAAAGAACCAAGAAGUAUAACUAGCAAUGGGGGAUGCUAUAGCAACAACAGUGCUGAAGAGGAAAUACAAGAUGACCAUCUCAGCCCUUCAAAAAUUAUGCGCUUUUUCUCUACCCCUAGGAAACGAACUACCUCCAACUCAGAAAGGCCUCGUUCUCUGAUUGUGAUGAGCAGCUCUUCAACGUGGAAUGCUUUGUCUUCCAUUAGAAAAAUGGGAUCUUUCAAGAAAUUAAAAUCUUCAGUUCUUCAAGGAAUUCAGGCCAGAGAAAGCUCAGAUGGCUUAAAUGAGAACACUGUGGGAAAACAUGUCUUGAAUGGUGCAGUGGUGAGAGUUCAGACUAACCGGUAUUCUUAUUCGGGACCUUUACAUGAUUCUCAUAAUGCAGUGGAUGGUUUGGCUUCUGAUUGCUCUGAUGUAGAGGAAAGUGAUGAUUCCUUCCUGAGGAAUACUCACCGAUCACGCAGUAUCAGACGUGCCUAUGGUGUUGGCCGCAUCAAUUUAUUAGACACCGAUAAAAUUCAGAGUCAGCAGAACUGCACGAGGCCAACGUCUCCCAUCACCCAGGAGCCAAAGAUCUGUGAAAUUUUAGUGAAAGAUCCCGAAAACAACAGGAUUAUCUACAGGAGAAGCAAAAGCACAGAUAGCUUAAACUUUCUGAAAAAGAGCUCGUUCAAACGAAAGUCCACCUCAAAUCUCACUGACCUCAAGAUUGCAAGUGAAAAGCAAGUGCCACAAAGGACAGUAAGCACUUCCUCUGCUGACUCCGACAAAACCAGUGGAAACCCAGAGAGACGGUCAAAACGCUGGAAGAGCCCUAUCAGAGCAAAGGAUUUUGACAGAGUUCUGAAACUUGUAAGCAAUGUUACAGAUGUUGCAUGGAAGAAAGAUGGUCCUAUGAGCACGACGACUCCUCUGAACGAACAAAACCAGAGAACAAGGCCAAACAGCAGACUACAUGACGACUACUCCCGCAGGGUUUCUAGUAGCAAUGAAAAUGACAGACGGAGGUGCAUUUCCCCUGUGUGCAGUCCAGAUUCUACCUUUUCUGGAACUCCGCAUCUUCAUAGUCCAACUGUUUCUCAGGAUACAGACACUGAAACAAAUGUAUUUACUGGUGAGGCCAACAGCUUCAGGACAUUAUCAUGUGUCUUAGAUGAUGUUCGUUCCUCACACGCUUUUAACGACUUUAGUGCACUUCCUAAUGAAGUGUUUUAUGUAGACUCUGAUGAACCAAAAAGUACCAGCCAGUUUACGUGUGAAUCUGAGCAGCCUAGCAUUCCUCUUAGGCCCACUGCCCCUAAACCUCAGAGCCCCAGUGCUGAGAAGGUCAAGUGCAAUAUUAAUUUCCAUUGCCCGGAUCGUCACAGUACAUUGUCACUGAGCUCAAUGGAAAGCGAGGAAAGAGUUGAGUUACCUGCUCCGAAGUUGGGGAGAAAUCCUGUUUGCCUCCAGGACUCAGUGCAAACUGGGUACUAUGAUGAUGGAAAUGAAGACAGUGGCAUAAGCAGCCACUCUCAGCUGAGCCUCAAUUUAGCUUCUGGUACCGAAGAAAAGAAGGAAGAGGUUGUUAUUGAUGACCAGUGGAGGAUGUCCCCAUCCCAGGAUGAAGAAAGGAUAGAUGCACAAAAGUUCACUCCCAGAAGAUGGGGCUCUGGAAAAAGAUCUCGGCCAAGGCCACUCUCAGACUAUGGUCAGUUGGCAAUCAGGAGUUUCUCAAUACCAGAAGAUUCAGUUGCAGUGGAGUCUCAGAAAACAGACUAUGUAGAUGGUGAAAGUCAGCCUGGAUUGGCUUCUGUGGAGUCUACAGCUCAAAUCAGUACAGUAGGUCUCCAAAGAGGGCGAAAACAAAGACCCAUCUCUGUAAUAGGUGGGGUCAGUUUCUAUGGGAGCAGCCAGACAGAAGAAAUAGAAGAUCUGCUGACACAACCAAUAACACGGCCUCCUGUUCCAGCCCACCAAGUUCCCCCAUAUAAAGCUGUUUCAGCCAGGUUCCGGCCCUUCACCUUUUCACAAAGCACCCCCAUUGGCCUGGAUCGAGUGGGACGGAGGCGGCAAAUGAGAGCAUCUAAUGUUGUUACAGAUGGUGAAACUGAAUCUUCUGCCUUAGUUGAUGACAAUGGUAGUGAGGAGGAUUACAGUUAUGAGGAGCUCUGCCAACCCAGCCCUAGAUACCUGCAGCCUGGAGGGGAACAGCUAGCAAUUAAUGAGCUAAUAAGUGAUGGCAGCAUGGUCUAUGCAGAGGCACUGUGGGACCACGUGACUAUGGAUGAUCAAGAGCUAGGCUUUAAAGCUGGGGACGUCAUCAGAGUCCUUGAAGCUUCCAACAAAGACUGGUGGUGGGGAAGAAAUGAAGACAAGGAAGCCUGGUUUCCAGCUAGCUUUGUCAGGCUACGAGUUAAUCAGGAAGAACUUGGAGAAAAUUGUGGUAGCAUCCAGGAUGAAGAGCAACAUGCAGAUGCUAGCAAACAUCGCCAAAAAAUUGCUGAAAACAAGGAUCAGAUGAGAACCAAUGUGAUACAAGAAAUAAUGAACACGGAGAGAGUCUAUAUCAAACAUCUCAAGGACAUCUGUGAGGGAUAUAUUCGGCAGUGUCGUAAACAUACAGGAAUGUUCACCAUGGCUCAGUUAAACACCAUUUUUGGAAACAUUGAAGAUAUUUACAAAUUCCAAAGAAAGUUUCUGAAAGAUCUUGAGAAACAGUACAACAAAGAGGAACCUCAUUUAAGUGAAAUAGGAUCCUGCUUUCUUCAACAUCAAGAAGGUUUUGCCAUCUACUCAGAGUAUUGUAACAAUCAUCCCAGUGCCUGCCUUGAGCUUUCCAACCUAAUGAAACAGAGCAAAUACCGUCACUUCUUUGAGGCCUGUCGCCUGCUUCAGCAGAUGAUUGACAUUGCUAUUGAUGGCUUUCUCCUUACACCUGUUCAGAAGAUCUGUAAAUACCCUCUUCAGCUUGCAGAGUUACUCAAAUAUACUACCGAAGAGCACGGUGAUUAUAACAAUAUACAGGCAGCGUAUGAGGCCAUGAAGAAUGUAGCAUGCCUCAUCAAUGAGCGCAAACGAAGGCUGGAAAGCAUAGACAAGAUUGCACGCUGGCAAGUAUCUAUUGUUGAUUGGGAGGGGCAGGAUGUUUUAGCCAGAAGCUCAGAACUGAUCCACUCGGGCGAACUGACCAAAAUCUCAAAGCAAGGCAAAAGCCAGCAGAGGAUUUUUUUCCUUUUUGACCAUCAGCUUGUGUUCUGUAAAAAGGACCUGCUGCGACGGGACAUGUUAUAUUACAAAGGUCGGAUUGAUCUGGAUGAGAUGGAACUUGUGGACAUUGAGGAUGGCAAAGAUAAGGACUUUAACAUUAAUAUCAAGAAUGCUUUCAAAACUGUGAAUAGAGCAACAGAAGAGGUUUAUUUGUUUUGUGCAAAAAAACAGGAAGAUAAGAAAAGGUGGCUGGAGGCAUGUGAAAAUGAAAGGCGAAGAGUGCAGGAAGACAAAGAAAUGGGAAUGGAAAUCUCAGAAAAUCAAAAGAAACAAGCCAUGCAAAAUGCGAGAAAAUCAAGGCAUGGAAAAAUUAAAGGUAUAAGUUAUAAUGGAUGUCCCAUGCCUCCUCCACACCAGAGUUUACAUCCUAUUCAUCAACGCCACAUCACUGUCCCCACCAGCAUUCCACAGCAGCAGGUCUUUGCCCUGGCAGAACCCAAACGAAAGCCAUCCCUUUUCUGGCACACCUUCAACAAACUUACCCCAUUCAAGAAAUGAGAGGGCCAAAGUCAUUGGAAGGACGUUGGCUGAAGGAGAGAUGUCUUCCUGAGAAGAACCUUUGGGACGUAGUUGAACAUGUUUGAGCCGGAAAACCAUUAAUUCUCCCUUUUGGAGGUAAAGACCUAGCUCUGCCUGAGCCAAAAACAUCACCUUUGUCUAGAAGGAAAAUGAAGUUCAUGAGGUUCUAUGAUGAAG